GUAUUCGACAUGAAAAAGGAGGAAUACUUUUCAAAUCCGGUAAAAAGCCGUGUGCAAAAUGUCAUAUCAGAAGAUUCAGAAGACUCGUACAAAACACCUCAAGUGCUAAUCGAUCAAUUGUUUCGUUUGUUGUCUCUGGGGAAAUUCAACGAGAAAAUGAUCAAGGAGCAAAUUGAAACCGUGUUGAUGGCCGGCAGCGAAACAUCAGCGCUGAGUCUUUCUUAUGUGAUCCUUAUGCUAGCGAUGCAUCCAAAUGUGCAGGAACGAUUGUAUGAAGAAUUGCAUUCGGUUUUUGUGUCCCAAGAUGAAGAGACAUCAUAUGAACACCUUCAACAAUUGACCUUCUUGGAUCGAGUUAUUAAUGAAGUGAUGCGUUUAUUUCCAUCGGCACCACUGAUUGCUCGUUGUACUCGGGCUGACGUUCCAAUCAGCAAUUGCACCGUACCAAAGAAUGCUUUUAUUAUGAUGUCCAUUUAUAACAUGCAUCGGAAGCCUGAAAUUUGGGGAGACGAUGCUGAUGAAUUCAAUCCCGAUCACUUUUUACCAGAAAAGGUCGAUGAAAGACAUCCGUUCGCCUACUUACCAUUCAGCGGCGGAAAAAGAAAUUGCAUUGGUUAUCAGUAUGCAUUACUUUCCAUAAAGGUGGUGUUAUCGAAACUAUUCCGACAAUACAGAUUCACAACCGACCUCAAAAUGACUGAUCUUAAACUAAAGUUUGAAGUUACGCUAAAGUUAUGUAAUAAACAUUUGGUUGGAUUACAGAAACGCGUUUGGUAAAAUAAGUUCCAAUAAUAGGGUGGUUCGAUUUAGAUAAACAGUUUCUGAUGUAGACAUUUUCUCUAAGAUAACUCCCUGGGUUGCGAAGUCUUACUUUGUA